AUGAUAGUUUUCAUUUUCUUCGCUGUGGGUCUAUGCUUGGACAAUGAGUCCACUUCCCAAACCAUUGAUUGCACCUAUUUAAGAGAACUCUGCCUAAGUGAUGCAGAUGGAUGUAAACAUGCCUGGAGAAUAAUGGAAGAUGCCUGCAAUGUGUCAGAUCCAGGCAACCCCUGCCAGAUGAAGGAUUCAUCCAGCUGUAAUUUAAGUAUCCGGUCUUUAGCAGAAAGCAAUUUCCAAUUUAAAAAUUGUCUCUGCUCUGAUGACCUCUACUGUACCAUUAAGAAAUUGCUUGGAAAAAAAUGCAUCAACAAAUCAGAUAACAUGAAAGAGGAUAAUAAAUUCAAGUGGAAUCUAACUACUCUUUCCUAUCAUGGAGUCAGAGGGAUCAAGUCCUGUUUGGAAGUGGCGAAGGAGUGUGUGGCUGAUGUCCUCUGUAACACACAGUUAGCCCUUUACCUGAAAGCUUGCUCAGCAAAUGGAAACCUGUGUGAUGUGAAACACUGCCAAGCAGCCAUCCAGUUCUUCUAUCAAAAUAUGCCUUUUAACACUGCCCAGAUGUUGGCUUUUUGUGACUGUGCUCCCUCUGAUGUACCUUGUCAGCAGUCCAGAGAAGCUCUUCACAGCAAGUCAUGUGCAGUGAACAGAGUUCCAGCCCCAACUUGCCUCGAUAUAAUUCACAGCUGCCAAAAUGAUGAAUUAUGCAGGAGGCGCUAUAGAACAUUCCAGGCAAAGUGCUGGCAGCGUGUGAUAAGAAAGUGCCAUGAGGAUGAGACCUGCAUCAGCACCUUAAGCAAGCAAGACCUCACUUGCUCCGGAAGUAAUGACUGCAAAGCAGCUUACAUUGGUACCCUUGGGACAGUCCUUCAAGUGCAGUGCACAUGUAGGACCACUACCCAAAGUGAAGAAUCCUUGUGCAAGAUUUUCCAGCAUAUGCUUCAUAGAAAAUCAUGUUUCAAUUAUCUGACCCUGCAUAAUGUCAAAGGCAUUGCAUUGCAUAAAGGAAAACAUGCAAAGGAAAUAACUCUCAGCGGAUUUCAUUCCCCCUUCAAUGAAGUCAUCUAUGCUGUCAUGUGCAUGACAGUCAUCUGUGGAAUUCUUCUUUUGGUGAUGGUCAAACUGAGAACCUUCAGAAUAUCAAGUAAAACAAGAGACCCUUCACCAAUCCGAAUACCUGGAGGACUCAUGAUUCAUUGAGAGUCACGAAUCAUUAAAAAUCACUUUCUUUAAAGCAAGUCUUUGUAGCCAGUCAACAGAAUAUCUUAUCCAUUGUCAACAAAGAAAAUGUUAGGAUGGAUUUAAUGAUACCGGAUCAUUAAGUAUGUUCAUGUAAGGUAUAAUAAUUGGAAUGAUGUUAGAUUUGUUUUUUCUUAGGAAAAAAUUCAAGUAUAAAUUUACAGUGGUAUCUUUGGACACUAGUAUAGAAUUACAGAAUUACCCUUGAAGGCAAAAACAAGUGUUAUUCUAAGCUACACUCUGCGUGAUUUGUUUCAUAGCAAAUUUGAGUCCAUAUAAGAGUAAUUGGUUGUAUAAUAAUAUAACAUUUUAUAGUUAGCAGAGUAUUUUCUGAUCAAUUUUAUAAAUCCCUAUUAACUUGCCAAAAGGAAACUGCUAAUAAAACUAUCCAGUAUAUGUGCCAUUUGUAUAUCCAUUUCCAAAUCAUCAACUACAUCAUUAGCCUUAACUUUAAGUUUCUAAAUAUAUUUGAUAAGAUGAUUAGUCUUAAAAACCAGAAGUGAUAUCUUUGGAUUUUUGUAAUUUGAAUACUAUUGAACUGUACUUUGUUAACUUGAUGUUUUUAUGUCAUGUUCAUAAAGAUGUAAAGCAACUACACUGGCCAAAAAAUCCAUGUGCAUUUCAAUGAUAUAUUUCAUUUGUAAAUUUACUUUUUUCCUAUGCUAAUUAUUAUGAACUUCUGCAAUAAUAAAGUAAUAUGAUAAUUGUUACUUUCUAUAUUGUUAUUAUAAUGUUACUUUUGGCCUGAUUUGACAUCAGAAUAUAACUGUGAAUAGAAAAUUGUGGAAAAGAUGUUUGUUAAGUUUUUGAUACAUAUGUGCUUUUUAACUCUCUGCAAUCACAUUAUACCCAUUUCUAAGAACACACAUGAGUUAGUUUUAUCUGUAGUGACACAGAGACUCAAAUAUUCAAGAACAGGAACAUAUAUUUAGUGAUAUAUUUACAAUUAAAGGUCAAACAUUUUCUACCCGUUGGUAUCAGAUCUAUUGCUCUUCACUAUACUUCAGAUCAAAUUGUCUACAUUAAAUCAAAUUUGAAGUUAACAUUUGGCUAUGUUUAUUUGGAGUAAUGGAAAAGCCAUCCUUUAUCUUUUCAAACAGGGAAGAAUAAUUUGGUGAGUCACAAAGCUCCCUCAAGGAGCUCUCCAUAUUCCAGUGGUUGCUAAUUCUCUUAGUUAUGGGAAGAGAAUGUAGGUCUUUCCAUCUCCAAAUCACUGCCAUUUAUUGCAGGCUUGCUAAUGCCUGGGAAAAGAACUGUUCCCUAGAAAACAGAGGAACGAAGUCAAGUUGCUUUUAGAAAUAUAUUUGUGUUGAGCAGAAAAGGGGGGGACAGAGUGUGAAGUAAUAACUAAUAGUUAAAGAGAUUAAGCAAUUUCUCAAAGUCUCGCACUAGUCAAUAUAAAAAUUAGUAAUUGAACACAGAUAUAGCAGAUUUUAGAAUCUUUUAUCUUAAUUCCUAAACUCUACUGCCAGUCACUUAUCCCAGCUGUAAUUGUGUCAUUUUUGUACAUAAACAACCAGGAAAUACCUGUUUUAAAUAUUCUUCUCUGAAGUACCAUCUAUAUCAACCUAGAUUACAUGUCUAGUAAUUAGAUGCUUUUACCUGUAAUAAAAUGGCUUAAACGAUAAGGAAUACAUAAUAUUUCCUAUAACAAGAGGCCCAAAGCAGAACAUCUCAAGGGUCGGUUGACUUAGCAGUUCAGUGAUACCUUCCAGGACUCAAAUUUUUCUUUUCCACCCUUUUCAUAGUCAAUGAAUGACUGGCACAGGUCAGACUUUAUAAGAAGUCAUGGAAAUAUAGGAAUUCAAAUUGCCAUAAUUGAUAGUCUAAUCCCUGAAUCACCUGAGGAAAGGGUGAAUUUCCAAGUAAAAUCAGAGUUCUACUUAGCAAGGAUGAACGGGAGAGGAAUCUUAGGUAGGUAGUCAAUAGUUUCUGCUACAAAAGUCUAGACUAUCUCCUUUGUAAAUUAAAUGAUGCCUCUCAUGACCUCAAACAAGUAAACUGAACAGUUUGGGCUUAAGUUCUAUUUUUCAUUGGGCUCUUUGGAACUAAAGAGCCCAAACCUAAAACAGUGUUUCUCAGGCUGUCAAGGAGCUCAAGUUCUACCAAUUCAGGAUUUUUUUUCUAUUCAUUAACGAACACAAUUCGUUUGGUAGAAAACAAUAUUGGUUGUUUUAUGUAGGCAAGAACAUUUCAUCUUCCAGUGAAUCUUUUUCCAGAAACAUGGAGAUCACCCAUUCGUUGGCAGGGGAAAUGCUUGAAGUUUAUGUUACUGACUGUCAAGUUACAGGAUCCGGUGAGUGAUGAGGUAAACACUACUGCCUGGGUUUUUUUGUGGGAACUGCCAUCCAAGCAGAGGUGCACUUCAGAGGACUCAUCUGUGUUGGGAA